AUGGCCGGUUACGCGGACCCCGACGCGCAGAUGGGCGGAGGGCCAGGUCAAUACGCGAACCAGAACGGCACUCCACCAGCCCCGCAACACCAGUUGACCGAUCCCGAACUGCGCCUUCAAGAAAACCUGCAGCAACUGCGCGAGGGGGGAGACAUGAUGCAUCCGCCGGGCCCGCAACAAGCACAGUACCAGCAGAUGGCGCACAUGGCGCCGGCAAUGGGCGCGCAUCCCCAUUUCCAGGGCCAAGCACGUCCAACACACUCUCCACAGCAAAUGGCGCAGCAUGUCAUGAGCCUCGAGGGCCACCACGACCCGUACGACCCCAACGAUCCCACCCGCAAGCGCUCAAAAGUCUCGCGCGCGUGCGACGAAUGCCGUCGAAAGAAGAUCCGAUGCGAUGCGACCAGCGAAAAUGGGCCCGAGGCUUGCUCCAGUUGCAAGAGGACAGGAGCCCGCUGUCAGUUUAGCCGCCAGCCUAUGAAGCGCGGCCCCAGCAAAGGCUACAUCAAAGAACUCGCAGACCGGCUCAACUCGCUCGAAAGCCAAAUCCACCAUCCCUCAAACGCUUCGCAUAAUUUCGACUUUGGGGCUCUGGGAGACCAGACAUUCCCGGAUACGCAGAGCCCACCCCAGUUCAAGCGCCAACGCACCCAUUCCAUGACCGAGGGUUUUCACGAGGCCUUUAGCCGUCCGAAUUGGACCGCCCAGGACCGAGGAAAUGCAGGUGCCGUCGAUGCACAUGGCUUGCCUGUUUUAGGCGACCAAGAGUCGUCGCUCAAUGGCAAUUGUCGCACCUCAUUUGGCGACAUGAAUCUCGGUGGUAGUCUCAUCACCGGCUCGAAUGAAGAGACUCUCAAGGCAUACUAUAACAUCAUACACCCCACGUUGCCAGUCCUGCCCCACCAUGAAUCGCAACUUAACCGGCUUACCCAUUGCCCUUCCAAACUACGGGAAACUUUCUUCAUGACUUUGGAAGGCUGUAUCCGUUCGCUUGCUUCAAAGGCCCUGCCACCUCUUGAAGUGGGCCUGAACCAGUUGCUGCAGCAAUGCUUUGCUUCGGUUGAUGCAGCCAGCUACUGUCUGCAUGACUCGGACAGUUCGCGGCAAUUCUAUAAUCAUCUGGUGUAUUGCCAGUCUAUGAUUUUACUCGCCGCAGCGUCUGACAGACCUGGCCCCGGUGUUGUGGGAAGCACGACAACACUGCUUGCUAGGAUCUCAGCCUCUAUUGCCGAUGCUGGCAUCAAUGAUGCAAGGACCCUGACGACGAUCAAGGAACAAGACCAUGAAGUAUACCAGACGGCGCGCCGUGUAUACUGGACUGCUCUGAUCCUAGACCGAUUUCACGCCUCAAGCAGAUCCAAGGACAUGAUGAUCCGACGAUAUAGUGGAACUCUCUCGCGGGAUGACUACACAGCGCUUGGUGAAGUCGGUUAUUACCUUGCCCGUGCCGCCCAAAUCGUAGGCCGAAUAGCGUAUGUGAAUCGCGCAGGCAGCAUUCCAAACGUCGAGCCUUCAGCCCCCUUUGCCUUUUCUGCCCUCAAGCCCGGUACUGCUGAAUCAGAGUACAUUAACGGGUUACUAGACGAGAUCAAGCAGUCCAUCGAUCUGACCACGCUGACGCGCAACUCACCUCCCCAUCUAGCGCAUCAGUAUCUGCGCGUGUUCAUUGCCAGACUUUCAUUGCAGAACAUACCUUCAGCUGAAGUUCUUCAUGCAACUCAAGAACUCCUCAACAACCUGAUGAGUGGUGCCAUAACCCCGUUACAUCACAUCUUCGCCGCACUAGUAGCAACCUCACUUACUGAACUAUCCGACCGAGUCGAAACACAAGUAGACGCACAGUCGAGCAUCAAAGAAAUGAGUGAUGCCCUUGCCAAUGGCCAGAUUAUUCACCGUAGCUCCGACGGCCUAGGUUGGGAGACAGCCAUUAGAGAUUUGCUGCAUCAGAAGAAGGCGUCGACGCCUCCUUUCAACGGCCCCGAACAAGCCAGUCCUCCGCUAGAACCCAACAUGGCUGGUCUCCAACAUCUCGCUGCAGCUGCAGUGGGCGAGCGCGAAGGAACUGGCGAGAAUCGUCCCGGAAGCUCAUCGCAGCAGAAGGUAGACAAUGAUCUCUCUGCUGCCAUGGCCGCUGCAAACGAGGCAGCUAAGGCGCAGGCCCAGGCAACUGCCGCCGCAGCCCAGGAUCUGUUCCACUAGCGCAGCGCUGAUGGAACGUCCAGUCCAAUUCUUGUCGUCACCCGAUAUACCCCUUUACUGUUUCGUUAGCAACUCU